AUGACCGACUACGGGCUAGAUCUCUCGGCUCGUAUGCAUCAUCGGUUACCUCCACCUCCUUCCCCCCUCGUAUACGAUGCUCCAUACUACUCCCAACCUGUCCCAUUAAUUUCCACCGACCUACCCGGCAUGCACCUCCACGCAUGCCGGCAAACAAGCCCCUUACCUAAUUCUGGAUCGCCUGUGAUGCUGAGAGACUGUUCACUCAAUUUCGGCAAUCUAACCAAUAACUAUCCACCAAGAGAUGGCCCAACACGCCCUACUACAUCCCACAUCGACGAACCUAGUAAGCUGGGGAUCCACAAUAGGCUUCUCAUCAAUGCUAUGUCUAUUAAUCAAACGAAUCACCUUCUGGGUCCGAUUAUUACUAUGUCCAAAGCACAACUGGUCCUAAUAACGGUGACAUGGCACCCUGCCAGUUCGUCUGACUCACCCAUCCAAAUACCUGGAUAUUCGGCAUUCUGCAGUGGACGCGAAAAGCGACGAGGCGGAGGAUGCCUCAUCUACAUCAGCGAAGACUUUCAUGCAUCCUCCUUCCAAGCUAUAUCUUUGGGUAACCCGGAAGACUCUAUAUGGAUUCUGGCAGAUGGAGAGCACCUAGACCUCCUCAUUGGCUGCGUCUACAUCCGACAGCAUAUCUCAACAGCUGAAAUCAAAAAUCGGUCUAGCUAUUCACAGAAGUUUCGCUGUUACCUGCACGCCUUAAGAUAA